AUGCGCAACUCUCAUGUAUCGUCUAGGGAAGAAAAAGAAGCGCGGGAGACGAUUCUGCAAAACGCAUCGCUGAAACCGCUGCGAUAUUAUCACGCGGACGAAGAGAAAGCGAAUAAUAAUAAUAAAGAGAGUGGAAGUGGUUCUUUUUCCGACGACGACGAGAAAGAGGGGUUGGGGUUGUUACCGCCGAUAUCGCCUCGGGUGUUCGUGGGCGCCAAAGAUCUGCGAUUUAAUGAGACGGAUUGGCGGAGAUUCGGGGUGUUGCACUUGUUGGCGUGCGCGUUGGCGACCAUAUGUACCUUGGGGGUGUACGGUAUUCUGCAGCAACGAAUAAUGACCAUGCCGUACGGCGGCGACGACGCGAGCGAAGGAGGAGACAUUUUUACGAGCUCUAUCUUUUUGGUGUUUAGUAAUCGAGCGUGUUCGCUCCUCCUCGGCUUGGUCGCGUUGGCGUAUACGAAACCGGAGAGGGUGAGUUUGUUCAGUCGGGAGUGGUGGUGGCCGCACUCGAGUAUGGAGAAUUACAUGUACGUGGCGAGUUCGAAUUUAGUGAGCACUUUGUGUCAGUACGAGGUUCUGAAGUAUUUGAGUUUUGCGCUUAGUACUUUGGCGAAAGCGGCGAAGAUUUUACCGACCAUGCUGUGGGGGUACAUUUUACACGGGAAACGAUUUCAGUCGAGCCAGUAUUUGUCGGCGAUUAUUGUGACCACGGGUUGCUUUGUGUUUGUGUUUAAUUCAUCGGUUGUUACGCGUUCGUCUCAGUCGUCUUCCUCGACGGCAUCGUCGUCAUCGCAGUUGCUACCGCAAGCGUUCAAGGCGGUGUAUGAUGAUAAUUAUGACUCGAUAACCAUCGGCGUGGGCAUAUUGCUCGUCUACCUCGCCGCGGACGGAUUCACGAGCUCGUUUCAGCAAAGGCUGUUUCGAGUGCAGAAAACGUCCUUGUUCGAUCAGAUGUUUUGGAUGUGCGUUUUUGGUACCAUAUUUAGCGGCGUUUGGUUGGUUUGUUCCGGGCAAUUGAUGUACAGCCUCACUUUUCUUCGCCGGCACCGAAAAAUUUGCCAGGACAUUGCGAUUUUAUCCUUAUGUUCCGCGCUCUCCCAAAUUGCAAUCACGUACACCAUUCGUGCUUUUGGUGCGGUGACGUUAGCAUCUAUAGUGACCGUUCGUCAAGUCGUCUCGAUUGUGUUGAACUCGAUCGUGUAUCACGAAAAGUUGGUGCCUUUACAAUGGUUCGGCAUGGGUUUGAUCGUCCUUCCAACCUUGUUCGGCGGCGAUUGGUACAGGAAAGAGUUGGAGCGCGGCGAUAGGUCGCACUCUACCUGGGAUUUGAAGAAACUCUCCACGGAUCCAGUCGCUUCAGAGAAGAAACCGGAUGGAAGAGAGCACUUUUAUCGCGUCCCGACUUUUCAAACUUUUUCUUUCGCCGCCAAAGGUGCUGCGCCCUCGACGCGCGAGCGAGACGAUGAAAAUGGAUGA